UAAAGAACAGCCAGAAGUGGAAUAGUCCUUCUAGUAAGAAAGGGGAGAAAGACAUAUUGGCAUUGUGCGGGAGACUAAUUUGAGAGCUAUCCCCUUGGGAGUUGACAGCUGCCCCAAUGCUGGAUCAUAGAACUAGGAUGGACAGAGCCAAGAAGGAGAGGGUGGAGCAGAUCCUGUCAGAGUUUCGGCUACAGGAAGAGGAUCUGAAGAAAAUAAUGUAUCGGAUGCAGAAGGAAAUGGACCGAGGGCUAAAGCUGGAGACCCAUGAAGAGGCAUCUAUAAAGAUGCUGCCCACCUAUGUGCGUUCCACCCCUGAGGGUUCAGAAGUUGGAGAUUUCCUGUCUUUGGAUCUUGGGGGCACCAAUUUCCGAGUGAUGCUAGUAAAAGUGGGGGAAGGUGAAGAAGGGCAAUGGAAGGUGAAGACAAAGCACCAAAUGUAUUCCAUCCCGGAGGAUGCCAUGACAGGAACAGCCGAAAUGCUCUUUGACUACAUCUCAGAAUGCAUCUCUGACUUCCUAGAUAAACACCAGAUGAAGCACAAAAAGCUACCUCUGGGCUUUACCUUUUCCUUCCCUGUGAGACACGAGGACCUCGACAAGGGGAUCCUGCUGAACUGGACUAAAGGCUUCAAAGCAUCAGGAGCUGAAGGGAACAAUAUUGUGGGGCUGUUGAGAGAUGCCAUCAAACGACGGGGGGACUUUGAGAUGGACGUGGUCGCAAUGGUCAAUGACACAGUGGCAACCAUGGUGUCCUGCUAUUAUGAAGAUCACCGAUGUGAAGUAGGCAUGAUCGUAGGCACGGGUUGUAACGCUUGCUACAUGGAAGAGUUGGAGAAUGUAGAGCUGGUGGAAGGGGAUGAAGGCCGGAUGUGCGUAAACACUGAAUGGGGAGCUUUUGGAGUAUCGGGAGAGCUGGAUGAGUUCCUUUUGGAGUAUGAUCGUGUGGUGGACGAGACCUCGCUUAACCCCGGUCAGCAGCUGUAUGAGAAGAUCAUUGGCGGGAAGUACAUGGGAGAGAUUGUGCGGUUAGUGCUGCUAAAACUUGUCAAUGAAAAUUUGCUCUUCAAUGGAGAAGCGUCAGAGAAGCUCAAAACCAGAGGGUCCUUUGAAACUCGUUUUAUCUCACAAAUUGAAAGUGACCCUGGCGAUCGCAAGCAGAUCUACAACAUCUUGACUUCCUUCGGUUUGAUGUCUUCAGUAACAGACUGUGACAUUGUUCGUAUGGCAUGUGAGAGUGUUUCCACACGGGCUGCACAGAUGUGUUCAGCAGGACUGGCUGGGGUCAUUAACCGCAUGAGGAAGAGCAGGUGUGAGGAAACGUUGACAAUUACAGUUGGUGUCGAUGGCUCUGUCUACAAGCUCCACCCCAGCUUCAAAGAUCGGUUCCAUGCAACCGUCAGACAACUUACACCUGGCUGCGAAAUCACUUUCCUGCAAUCUGAGGAAGGCAGUGGGAGAGGAGCGGCUCUCAUCUCCGCCGUCGCUUGCAAAAUGGCCUGUAUGCUGGGCCAGUGAAGCAUUGCAGGCAAAGGACCAUUGACAGGGAAGCCAA